ACUCUUAUUUUUUCGCGAGUGCUGUUAAAAUGGGAAAAAGGAAGAGAGAUAAAGAAAAAGAUGAAAUUUAUAUUAAAAAAAAGAUAAAAAAACUUCAAGAAAAGCUACAAAGACAUUCCGUCGAACCAGAUCGCAAUUCUACUCCUCCUGUACAACCGCAGUCGAAGACUCCGCAGCAGCCGCCGACAGAAGACUCUUCACCAUCACCGGCGUCUUCACCGUUGCAUACUAGGCCACACGAUGACCCUGAUAUAAAUGCAGAAAUUGUGGACGAUAAACUCCCUGAGGAGUUCCUACUUGCUCUGGGGACUGAAGGUCAGGAGCAGGCAGAAGUUGGAAACCCUAUCAGACCUGAAUUGGCCUCCCGCUGGACAAAAAUUAUGAAUGACGGCUUGGGUAAAGAGGCUAGAGAAGCAAUUGUGAAAAAAUACCCUCCACCAGCCAAUUUUUCUGCUGCAAUAGCACCGAUAAUUAAUCCAGAGAUUAGAUAA